AUGAUUGAAAUUGCAAAUCAAUUAAGCAAUCCUAAUAGUUUUAAAAUAUUUAAAUAAAAUGUAGAUUCACAAUAUCAUUAAUUUAUUACAGAAUCAAAAAAACUUCUUGGUCAAUUUUUAAAAGGAAAUCAAAUCAGAAGUUAAAGCUUAAAAAAUCCAGAAUUUAAAUUACUAUAAAAUAUUAAUAAAUAAGACAAUUAACAAAAAUAAAAUAAAAAAAUGUAUUUAUUAUGGAUAUUUUUACCUAUAAUUUUAGCAAUUCUGUGUAUUAUAUAAUUAAACUUAUUUUAGAUAAGUACUUAAGUAAUAGAUUUUGAUUAAUCUAUAAAUUCUUAAGCUUUUAAUUCUAGCCAGAAUAAAUCUUAAGAUAAUGAUAUAUUUAUUAUAGACAGCAUUCAUAAACAUAUAUCAAAAGAGGAUAAUUAAUCGAAUAUUAAUUUCAAUAUAACUCGCCCAGGAGUUGAUAUUAACUAAGAGUAAAUAUAUAAAUUUAAAGAAAAUAAAUCUCUAUUAGAAAAAGCUUAAUAAAAUCAAAAAAAGAAAACUUAUUAGCAGGAAUAAUUAGAGAAAUCAUUUAAGUAUGAAUUGAUUUAUUCUAUUAACUAAUCUCAAUGGUGUGGUGCUAUUUCAUUUAAUAAAGAUUCAUCUUUUUUAAUUGCUAGUAGUGAGAAGAAUAUCAAUAUUUUUGAAUUUAAAAAAGGAUUAAUUUAAACUUUAGAAUAACAUAAGGAUUGGGUUACAGCUUUGUAUUUUAUGAAGAAUUCAAAUGAUUUUAUUUCUGGUAGUGCUGAUAAAUCCAUAAUUAUAUGGAAAUUUAUGGAAAAUAAAUUAUGGUAGAGAAAAUAAUAACUUAUUGGACAUGAAAGUACUAUUAAUCGUGUCAUAAUGAAUUCUAAAGAAGAUCUUAUAAUAUCUUGUAGUAGUGAUAAAACUAUUAAAAUUUGGAAGAAAUAAAAUGAUUUAUGGUUUUUGGCAUAAACAAUUUUAGAGCAUAAUAAAGAUGUUUAUAGUAUUAGUUUAAGUGAAUCUGAAAAUAAACUAAUAUCUUGUGGAUAGGAUGGCUAAAUAUUAGUGAUGGAAUAAUAAAAGAAUAAUUAAGAAUGGAUUGUAAUAUAAAAGAUUGAAACUAAAGUAUUUGGUUAUAGACUUAGUUUUAUUGGUGAUAAUUAAUUUACAUUUUAACCUCAUAGAGGUGAAUUUAUGCAUUUAUAUGAAUUGAAUAAUUUGACUAAACAAUAUCUAAAAAUUAAAGAUAUUCAAGUAAAAAAUGGAAAUGUAGAAGAUUAGUCAUUAUUUUCUUAACAAUACAUUAAAGAGAAAUCGCUUUUAAUUAAUAAAUAUGGUAGAGUUAUUAAUCUCGUUUAAAAAAAUUAAAAUGGAGAAUUUCUAAAUAAAUAAUAGAUUGAAUUUGGACAUUAUUAUUUAUAUGGAUCAGUCACUGAUAAUGGAGAAUAUUUGGUUACUUGGAAUUCAAAAAAUAAUUAAUUAUAAAUUAGAUAAUUUUAAGAAAAAUGA